AGCUUGCUGCUCUCCCGGGGGCUGGAAUGGCGUCCGAGUGGGAAAUGGCCAUGGGCGUGGAGCUCGGCAUGGGAAUGGGCUCCUACCACAACGCCUCCAACGUCCACGCCGCGCCCAUGGGCCACCAGGCCGGCGGCUACUCCGCGGCCGCUCACCAUUUCUACGGGAUGCAGCCCAUGCGCGACGCCAGCAUGCGCGUGGAUGAGCUUCUCGACUUCCCCACCGCGGGCGCCCACGACUUCUUCCCCGCCGCGCCGGACAACGGACUCCACCACCAUCACCACCUCGGCGCCGGCGUGGGCGAGCUGUCGGCCACCACCCCUUCCGCCACGUCGUCGGAUCACCAGACGUCCAUGCUCUCCUUCGCCGACGAGUUCUACAUACCCAGCGAGGAAGCCGCGGAGCUCGAAUGGCUAUCCAAGUUCGUGGACGACUCCUACUCGGACAUGCCGAAUUACUCAUCGGCCGCGCAUGCGGCAAUGGCGGCGGCUAACGCGGCGAACAACGGCGGUGGCAGCUCGGCUGGUCAAGACAGCUGCGUCACAGCGGUGCCAGGCCGCGGAGCGCGAAGCAAGCGGUCGCGCGCGAGCGCCGCGGCCGCCGCCGCAUGGCACUCCCUCAUGCCGCACCCGCCUUCGCAGCCAUCGCCCUCGUCCUCGUGUUCCUCGUCCGACUUCCCGUCCUCGACGACGGCACGACCUAGCGGCUCCAACUGCGGCAGUCGCGGCAAGAAGCAGGGACCCGUCGCCGGCGGCGAGGUGGGCCUGGUGGAGGGCGGCGUGCGGCGCUGCACGCACUGCGCCUCGGAGAAGACGCCGCAGUGGCGAACGGGGCCGCUGGGGCCCAAGACGCUGUGCAACGCGUGCGGCGUGCGGUUCAAGUCAGGACGGCUGGUGCCGGAGUACCGGCCGGCGGCAAGCCCCACGUUCCUGCUGACGCAGCACUCCAACUCUCACCGCAAGGUGAUGGAGCUGCGCCGCCAGAAGGAGCUCGUUCUCAUCCGCGGCAGCCACCGUCUGGACGCGGCGGCGGCGGCGGCCGGCCCCGGCCCCGGGGUGACCGUGAAGCCGGAGCUCAUGUUCCAUGACUACGGCAUAUGUUGAUCGCUUGAGCCGGCCGUACGGAUGUACUCCUAGCUAGUUAGCCGUGCAUCAUCGCGCGCCCGCACGCAGCCUAGCUAGCUAGCUAGAUCCCUUUGCAAAAUUUUCAGGCCUCCUUUUCUUCACUUUUCGCCUUUUUUUCUCUCCAUAUAUUUUGCAUCUUUUUGUUAAUUAACUUGUUGGCACCUACCUCCCUUCCAAGUUCUACUACGAGUGAUGAAUAUCAAGUUCUGUUGGUACAAUUGCCAUCGUGGCCAAUCCAACGCUGAAUUGUGGUAUAA